CGUUGUCCGUAACUCGCCGUCGUCACGGCAACGCGGUUGCUAGGAGACGAGAAGCUCGGGCCUAGUGCUCGAUUGGAGCCUAAGGCCUGUGCGCCUCACUCUUUAGAUGUUUUUAAGAGCCAUUUGUGCAAAGUGAGAAACACAUUUAAAGUUAAAAUUUGAAGAUAAUAAAGGCAGGGACAUGGCCGGGAGGGGCGCCGAAGGUGGCUUUUGGGCGCCGGCCGGCGCGGCCUUCAGUCCGGCGACCCGAGACCUACUGAGAGUGAUGAUGAAAGAGGCCCGCCUGACGAACCUCCAGCAGAGACACCUCACCGCCAAGAUCGCGAAUGGCGAGAGCCUGCCGCUGAGCAGCCAUGCGCCCACCAGCGCCAGGCGGAACAGACAGCCACCGCCACCGGCUCGCUCCACCGCGGCCUCCAGGGGAAGGCCCCACCUACGACCGGCGAGUGACUGCAUGGCCGGCGACGCCUACCAGAGGGAGCAGUACCGCCCAAAGCCCGGCAAGAACACCGAGGCCGAGAAGCAGCGGCUGCAGAACUUGAUGGCGACGGGGCAAGCUGACGAGCAGGGCGGGACCCAUCGACCCCGGCAGCCCAGGACCCCUCCGCCACCGGAGCCAGAGCUUGACAGAUUUACGGAGUUGAUGGAGGAAAUUGAGGAGCGUCGAGUAUUCCUGCAGGAGAUGGAGGUGUUAGGUCGGAGCAAGCAGUACGCACCUCUCAUCCACUCGCAGAUCUCCCAGAAAAUCCGCGAGAUGGAGGAUAUCGACCGCAAAAGGACGAAGGAGCUCACAGCUUUGGUGGAUAAAGAUGAGGAGCGGAACUCAAAUCAUGUUGGCAGAGUCACAGUUGCCGAGUGACCUCGCAGUCCCUGCAGCUGCCACGGAGAUGGGUCGAUGUAUAAACAAGAGGUUUCACUCCCAGCGAAGCCACCCAGGGAAUUAUCAGAGUUGUGACACGUGCUGCAGAGCAGACCUCACAGGUCCUGUGACAUUGGAUAAGACUAGGCCCAGGGGUUUUUGUAGCUGGGUCUACCUCUCACUACGGCUGUGGCUACUACCAGUCACGUGCCACUUGCCAGCCUAACAGUCGAAAAAUAUUGAGUGAUAAAAUUAAACCCCAGGUAGGGCAUUGUAUUCUGUUGUAUCAGCCCGAAUACCAAGUUGUUAAAUUAUAAAUAAAUUUGACUGUGUAACAACUGAAUCUUAAAUUCACACUGCUGAUUUCACUUGCAUACGUAACAGAUAUGGAAUAAUUAUGCACCACACUCUGCAGCCAGUGAUUUCCCCUUCAUGCAUAAGAAGUGUAACGUGUCGUUAGCGAUUAUGAUAGUUGCAUCAGGUGGAUGUUUCCGUGAGUGGAGCUUCUCAAUAUGCCCUGUGCCUUUCACAUCUUAUAUCUUCACCUGUGAAUUUUUAUUUCGCUGACAGUAAUUAUCAUUCUAGAUUUGAAGCUUUCGUUACUGCAAGGAUUCAUAUUCUUAGGUUUUUUCGGUAAAAAUUUUAAAUUAAUAAAAGUAAAAUAAAAAUCACGACGUCGUGAUUUUUAUUUUAUUUGUACUUUUAUUAAUUUUAAUUUUUUACCUACGUGACUUUACCGAAAAAACCUAAGAAUAGGAAUUAUCAUUGGUUGAAGAGAGUGUGAGCUUAGUAUGACGAGAUAGAACAUUAUUUUACAACCUUGUCAAUGCACUACUCGAUGAAGGCCACUCCACAUAGUGUUGGUCAUCGGGAGUUGUUUGACCAUACUUCACUACACUGGUCAGUGCAGGUUGGUGAAGGAAGCACCCAAGGACCAGUUCAGACAUCACUCACCAAAGAUAUGAGCUGUGGCCGGGAAUCAAAACUCCGGUCACCAGGUUCAUAGCGCAGGGUGCUAACCAUUUCACCACCGCAGAUUUACAGCUCCCUUCAAACAUUUAUUACCAUGACUGUUUACUCAUUACAAACUGCCUUUCAUAGGUUAUAUUUAAUUGACAGUAGAUGAACGAAUGUUUUUGAAGAAUAGCCUUUUUCUGUACUCUUGAGGCAUAAUCAGCCACGCAAUAUCACUGCACAAAGCCAAACCAAUAAAUAUACUCAACUAGCGUUAUUACUACCCGGCUUCACCCGGGACAGUGGAUUCACCACGCCCGGCCGCCUUUGUCUCCCCAGUGGCGAUGUUCACACACCAGUUACUCGUUUGAGGCUGAGUCGACCUAGGGGAGGCCCGGUACCGGUUCAAAUAAUCGUCACCGGUGGUGGCCGUGAGUGGGAAUCGAACUGGGAUCGCUCGGUUCGUAGCACAGCACGCUAACCACUACACUAUCGCCCCCCCCCCCCACACACACACGCGUACAUAGGUACACAUACACACGCUUGCUGCAGACACACUCAACUUUCAGGGUGCGUAGGGCAGUAAACGACUGAAAUAAUAAAGCAGCAAUGCUGCGCGAAGAACGCCUUAGACCUGCAACACGUUUGUAUGGCACUUUACUCGCGGAGGGCUGGGGGGGGGUGACGUCAGCAGGCACACUGCGUGACGCUUCCGCAUGCGGGUGACAUGACAGAUGUGACGUCACAGCUCACUUGCCGUGCAAAAUAUCCAUUAUUGCGCCCCCCCCCUAAAAAAAACAAAAGUCUAGUUUUAUAAUUUGUGCAUGCUGUACAGUCUGGAAAGUACCCAUAUGGCAAAUUUCAAGUUUGUUGCAUGUCGAGAAGUACGCUAAACAUUUUGAACAGACACAGAUUCACAAAUUUCCCUUUUAUAUAUAUGGAGAUUACGUCUUCAUUCUAUCAUAUUUACACUUGCCCCCUCAGUAGGGGGGUUGAGCAUUGACGUUAUGUCACUUACGCUUGAUUGGUGUGCAUCUGCUCAUAGUUACAGGUAGGUUAGGUUCAUUUUGUAUUAGUUGACUUUCAUUAAUUUGCCACUCUUGCGGCAAAUGUUUGCACCAAAAUGGCGGAACAACCUCGCAGUCGCUCCUAAUUACUUCUUAUACACGCACGCAUUCCCCCUCUCCCUUGCUUCUUUCGCUCAAGUCACCUACAUAGAAAACUAUUAUUUACAAACUUAUUUAGUCUAUAUAAAAGAAUGUGAGUACG